CCUAUAUAGGAGGAAGACACAAAGCAAUUAGUGGGCCCAGCUGUGUACUAAUUGAGUACCUAUCCCCUGAGGAGGGUGUUGUCGUGUCGUCUUCCUCCGGCUGGUCAUUGAACUCUCCGAUUUUUCAUAAUCACCAAACAAAACUAAGUGUGUAAUAAUAAUGAUACAUAAGAAACUCAAUAUCACCACCCUUGAUAAAGGCGAAAAACCAAGAAGGCUAAAUCAAUUUCCUUAAAUGUGUCCAUAAUGGAAAGAAAAUUGCCUUAUUAAUGUGUAUGCUUUAAGUUCAUAUGAUCCUAAGUGUUUUGAUUCUCUGAACCGCAUAUUGUUAGAAUUAACCAAAUUCGAAAUGGUUAUUGUGAUGACAUGAACGCCGUUCUGGACAUGCGGGACAAAUAUAAUAAGACCAACUACAAUUCACAGGUAAUCAAGCCUCUCCAACAUAUACUCUCUGAUUACCACCUCAUUGAUGCCUGGCAAGCUCAAAACCCUAAAGAAAAAUAAUGCACUUUCUAUUCAACCAGACACAAAACAUUCUACCGAAUCGAUUUUGUACUAUUAUCUACCCCUCUAUUUUCUUUCAUCAAGAAAUUAGAAAUUCAGUAUCUGAUCAUCAUGCUUACUACUGCCAGAUACACAUUCCAGAAUCUCCUGAAAGAGCCACAAGAUGUCACUUUAAUGUAUUCUUACUACAAAAUCCUAUUUUCUGUGAACAAUUUGAAAUUGAAUUGAAUGAAUUCAUAAUGAUUAACCAAAAAUUCAGUUGAUGAUCCUCUGAUUUUAUGGGACACCAUCAAAGUUUUUAUAAAAAACUAUGCAAUUGCAUUUGUAUCUGGGCUGAAUAAAUCACAAUUAAAAGAAGAUACUCAGGCCCAGAAGCUAGGAUAUGCAUACAAUUGGUAGUAUUGGAUAGAAAACACUCAAGUUUCUAAAAAGUUUUUAAAAUAAUGUAUGUAAGUAUAACAGCGCUGAUAUAGCAGGCGAAAGCCCGAGGAGAAUCCAUCCGUAUUUUUUUUUAGGUGUCUUCCCAUUCAAAUGCUUGUUUAUGGGAAAAUCAAAGAAAUACCUCCCAGAUUGCAGUUCCUAGGGCUUCCACUAGAUGUCAAGUCUUUAGAAAGCGUUUCAGGCUUGUUUUUUGAAAAAUUAGCUAGUUUUUCUGGGUGGCUCUCAUUUUGACUGUAGUCUUGUGGCGCUCGUGGAUGAGGGUGCGCACUUCGUUAUUUAUCUCUGGUAAUGAACAUACUAUUCUCUGUCUGGGGCCAUGCAUUAUCAUGCUGAAACAUGAGGUGAUGGUCCAAACACACCAAGAAAGUUGUGAAUAGGGCACGGCAAUAGCUUUUCCCCCUCGGGAGACAAAGGAUUUGGCAUGGGUCCCCAUAUUCUCAAAAAGUUCUACAGCUGCACCGGUUGCAUCACUGCCUGGUAUGGCCACUGCUCGGCCUCCAACCAUGAGGCACUACAGAGGGGAGUGCGUGCGUACAGCCCAGUACAUCACUUUGAUUUGAUUUGUCACGUACAGUUUACAGGAUGUAUAAAAGGUGCAGUGAAAUGCUUGCGUGCUAGCUCCCUCAACAUUGCAGUACAAUAAUCAGUAUCAAUAAUAAAAAGUCCAAUAGAAAAUAUCAAAUCAUUAGAAGGUAGUAUUGAAUGACAAGUAAUAAACAGAUAUGUACAGUAUAGAUGAUGAAUGUGCUAUGUCAAGUAUAACUGUAUUUACAAAUAUAAAGUGGGUAGUGUAUUGGUCACGCAGUUAAAUAAAUAGUAUAUAAUAGAACAGCGGUGUUGUGUGAGUUGGUGUAAAUAGUCUCCAAUGUUCCGAUACCAUCUGGCAAGGGGUAACGGAGUGAACAAUCCGUGGCUUGGGUGACUGGAGUCCUUGACGAUCAUCCAGGCCUUCCUCAUACACCGCCUGGUGUAAAUGUCCUGAAGGGCCGUCCGCACAACCCUCUGUAGAGCCUUGCGGUUGAGGGCGGUGCAGUUGCCAUACCAGGCGGUGAUACAGCUGGUCAAGAUGCUUUCAAUGGUGCAGUCGUAGAACUUCUUGAGGAUCUGAGGGCCCAUGCCAAAUUUCUUCAGUGGCCUGAGGUUGAAGAGCCGCUGUAGCGCCUUCUUUGUGUGAUUGGUCCAUGUCAGAUCCUCUAUGAUGUGCAUGAAAAGGAACUUGAAACAUUUGACCCUCUCCACUAUAGCCCGUCUAUGCAGAUGGGAGCAUGCACAUGGCCCUUAUUUCCUGUAGUCCACGAUCAGCUCCUUGGUUUUGAGGGAUGUUGAGGGAGCGGCUGUUUUCCUGGUAACCCCUCUGCCAGGGCUCUAACCUCCUUCCUGUAGGCUGUUGGCGUCGGCAAUCAGGCCCACCAGCGUUGUAUCAUCGGCAAACUUAAUGAUGGUGUUGGAGUCGUGAGUACAGUAGGUGCUGAGCACACAACCCUGGGGGGCCACCGUGUUGAGAGUCAGCGUGGCGGAGGUGUUGUUGCCUACCCUCCUCACCUGGGGUCUGCCUGUCAGGAGGUCCAGGAUCCAGGACCCUGAGCUUAAUGAUGAGCUUGGAGGGGACUAUGCUAUUGUAAGCUAAGCGCAGGUCAAUAAACAGCAUUCUCACGUAGGUAUUCCUCAUCCAGGUGGGAUAGGGCAGGGCAGUGGCGAUUGCAUCGUCCGUGGAUCUGUUGGAUUGGUAUGCAAAUUGUAAUGGGUCCAGAGUAUCAGGUAAGGUGGAGCUGAUAUGGUCCUUAACCAGCCUCUCAAAGCACUUCAUGUUGACAGAGAUGAGGGCUGCAGAGCGAUAAUCAUUUAGGCAGGUUACCUUUGUUUGCUUGUGUACAGGGACAAUGGUAGACACCUUGAAGCAUGUGGGGAAACUAUUACAUUUUCUCUCCGCCCCAUGGCAAAAUGAAUAGAAUUGCAUGAAAUUAGUUUUAAAACUGCAACGUUUUGAAUUGCAGAAAAUGUACUUUACCACUACAAAAAAACACACUGGCAGUCGUUAAUUCAUUGUAUAUUCUGUUGGUUCAACGUAAUUUCAUUGAAAUGAUGUGGAAACAACAUGUAUUCAACUAGUGUGCGCCCAGUAGGAAAAGUAUCCAUUGCCAAGAGUGGGUGGCACCAACCAAAUAUCACUUAGGGCCCCCAUAUAUUUUACCUUUAUUUAACUAGGCAAGUCAGUUAAGAACAAAUUCUUAUUUUCAAUGACUGCCUAGGAACAGUGGGUUAACUGCCUUGUUCAGGAGCAGAACAACAGAUUUUUACCUUGUCAGCUCAGGGAUUCAAUCUUGCAACCUAUGGGUACUAGUCCAAUGCUCUAACCAGUAGGCUACCUGCCACCCCAUAAGGCUAGGCACCACUCAUGGAACAGAUGGAUUUUCCAUUUAAUUUACUUUGUCAUAAAUAAUGCCACGUGUGAAUAAAUAAGUAGCCUAAAUAUUUGAAGAAAUUCUUGUCGUCUUUCUCUGAAUAUGAGUCAGCAGGAGACAGAUUUUGCAUCUCUAUACUUCCUCUCAAUGUAAGCAGGUGCCUCUAUUCUGGCAGAACACAUUGAGCUCUUCAUUACCCAUUCUAUAUCCUUCUCCAUUUGAUGUCACACUGGGUGACUCAGAGCUGUCAGAGCAGUCGCCCACAACAGCGAGAAGUACUUUCAAGUAAGCACUCUCAAAAUAGCUCAUGCGUUAAUUGUUAAUUGGUGUAGGCUCUUCACCUAAAUGCACAGUUUGGACAGGGACGCAUAGGUUGGAUUGGGGGUGAGAUGAGGUAGUGGAUCAGCGACAGAGGAAGGGAAUGAAUUAGCGGAGUUCCAAUUCUUCAAAAAAGUAAUUGGAUUAAAGUGGUUCUGGUUAAAAUUGGAGGUAUGGACAGCUGUCCGACAUUCGAUCGCAAGUUAACAGCGGUAUCAGAUCUCCUUUACCCUUUUCACUGGAAAUAAGGAAACUAGAAACACACAGCCAAUAUGCCAGUUGACCUGAAUGGGUAUUGGAAAAUGAUCUCCAAUGACAACUUUGAGGAGUACAUGAAAGCCCUCGAUGUAAAUGUUGCCAUUAGGAAAAUUGCCAACUUGUUGAAGACUGACAAAGACAUCAGUGUUGAUGGUGAUCACAUGGUCAUCAAGACCCUCAGUACCUUUAAGAACUACAACAUGGAUUUCCAUGUUGGCAAGGAGUUUGAGGAGGAUCUGUCAGGGGUCGAUGACAGAAAAUGCAUGACAACUAUCUCAUGGGAAGGGGACAAGCUGGUGUGUGUUCAGAAGGGAGAGAAGGAGGGCCGAGGCUGGACCCAUUGGGUGGAGGGAGAUAAGCUUUAUUUGGAGCUGAGAGUUUGUGGAGUUGUGUGCAAGCAGUCUUUCCAGAAAACCUAAACCAGCACUGGAACAACAGAAUGGCGCACCCGGCCUGAGAGGGCAAGACAGACAUGAACAUGACCCGAGCCUGUGACAGAGAACCCCUAUUGUAAUCAUCUGUCUGCCCAUCCAUCCAUUCUUCCUUCCAUCCACCCUUUUACAUUUAAUUCCAUCAAGACUGUUACAUUGCCCCACUCAAACUAUCCACAACAGGGGAGAUGUAACAAAAAGGAAAACAACUGUUCAUCACUGUACUGUAACUCUGUCUCAGGGCGGGUGCUCAAUUGAUUAACAUGUUAUAUGUGUGUGUACGCAUUUGCACUGCAGUAGGUGUGGUAGGCUUUGUGAUUAGUGCCUCAAUCUCUGAUGAUGCACCGAACUGAUAACUGGUGGUAAGCUUGACCACUACCAAGGAAGGUUUCAGUGUAAAGUCAACUAAUAUUUGGGCCAUGAGAGAAGCAGUGCAAUUAAUUCAAACACACAAACUUUGGAUGCUACAUUUUAGGAUACAUAAAGAAAUGAAAAAUCUGUAUAGAAAAGAGUGAAGUAAAUAAUACAAAUAAAUGUAAGAAGAUGCAGUGAUCACGUAACCAGGAAAACUGGAUCUGAAAAAGACAAGCGGAUUAUUCGUUGGAUUCAUGAAAUUGAAUGUAAAAAAUGUAAUUUUAAAAAUCCACAGUUUGUCUCUUUGUGUCUAAAAAAAUCCACUCUUACCUUUGAUCAUCCCGAGGGAUUUUAAAAGUACCUUUUCCCAAUCCCAGUGACAGAUAGACCUCUGGAGACAGACAGACAGACAUACCUACCUCUGGAGACAGACAGACAGACAGACAUGGAGAGAGAAGAAAAAAGGUAAUCACUCAUUUUGGCUAAACCAAUCAAAUCAAUACAUUUGAAUCUAUAAAGCCCAACAGUUUUCACAAAGUGCUUUACAUGGUCUAUUCCCACAAUUCUGGUUUACAUAAUCAAUCAUUCAAUGAGCAGCCCAUUAAGCAAUCUAUCAAACAGUUAUCAUCACUAGCCUUCUCAUACCUUUUUACUUUGCUUAGUCAGCUGCACUGGCGAUUUUAGCGUGUAAAUCUUGGUGGGGCAAAAAAAAAGAAGGUGGGAUGCAUGCCAGCAAAGCCACUAUAACUGUGACAAACGGUGCCCACAAAAUGUUAGGGCCUACAUAAAGCUGUCCCAACAGCAGAGUCCCAACACCUUACCACCGCUACACCUGGCUUUCAGCGGAGCCUUGUCUGGCAGCAAAAUAGUAAAUUCAGCCUCAUUUAUUGCCUUUUAAAAAACAUAGCUGAUAUGGCUGACUUGCUUAAACAAAUGUGGUUUCUUAUGAAAAUUGAGAUGUACAAACUAUGGCAUAAGGGGACGACAAAUAAUAUCCAACAAGUAAUCAAACAAUUCCACAACAACUACCUAAUACACACAAAACUAAAGGGAUGGAAUAAGAAUAUGUACACAUAAAUAUAUGGAUGAACGAUGGCUGAGCGGCGUAGGCAAGGUACAAUAGAUGGUAUAAGGUGCAGUAUAUACAUACGAUAUGAGUAAUGUAAGAUAUGUUAACAUUAUUAAAGUGGCAUUGUUUAAAGUGACUAGUGAUCCAUUUAUUAAAGUGACCAGUGAUUUGAGUCUCUAUGUAGGCAGCAGCCUCUGAGUUAGUGAUUGCUGUGUAGCAGUCUGAUGGCCUUGAUGCGUGGUCAACAGUCAAUAUAACUAUUUGUUCAGCACUUUUGAAAUGUACAGAGAUAGGAUUCCGAACAUGGGCCUUUCUUACAGUGUACUCUCUGUACAACAAGUCAGAACCGUAGGGUAAAUAAAGGAGGCAUAUAAACAGACAAUGAAAGCUCUUACAAUAUUCAAUGAUUACAUUUCUCUAAAACAGAAUAUAGGCUACAUGUGCACCACCAAUUUAGAACAGUAGGUGAAAUUAAGAGGUGAAAAUAGACCAAAUUAUUAGGGUGAGGCACAUUGAAUGCCGUUCGGUUCAUUGCCUGUCAAAAAAAUAUACACGUCAUGUUAAAUCAUCUUUUAAUUUGACUCGUCAAAUAACACAAUUCUAUUAUAGAAUGUUGUGUGUGCUGAAUUUGCACGUGCAAGCCAAGUGCCACCACUACUACCAGUAGCAAUGUCAAAGCAGUAGAAAAAAGUUGGCAAACAAGCACACACCAGGCCACGAACGAUGUGUUUACAAUACUGCGUUGGUGAAAAUAGACCAAAUUAUUAUGGUGAAGCACAUGGUCUACUAACAGCUUACUACACAACAUACACUUAGUAUUACUUUCUUAGCUACAGUAUACAUAUAUCCCUUGCAUAUUGCAUCGUUUAUGCAGCAGCAAACAAGACAUUUUUGGACUCACCUUGUGAAGGUAGCGCAGCAGUCCUUUGUGGGCGAAUUUUGUCAUCAGACUUUGUCAUUGAAGUCUGGCAUUUUCUGGAUUUAUGGUGGGAACUCGGG